GCGCAUAGUUCUUUGCAUCGAAGCUUUGCAUUCGCGCAAGAACUUUGCAAGCGUGAUCGAUCGGUUAGUCGCAAGCACUGCAAGUCUCCACUUCGAAACUAAUUAUAAAAAUUAACGAAAAUAGUGUAGCACAUUUUCCAAUAAUUUCCGCGAAACAUAAUUUUGAGUGAAUUCGCGCCCGAUCCUUGCCUUUCUUCCGUUUGUGAUAAGAUUGUGAUAUUAGGAUUUUAGAUAAAAGAAAAACUUUUGGAAGUUCCAUAGAGUGCUGUGCGUUGCUUGAGUAAUAGUUAAAACGGAAAUAGUGAAAGAUGACGGAUAUUAUCACACGCCCUAUCCGGAAUGGACGCCAAUUUGACUUAGCCCAACUACCUAAAUAUGGAAAGGACACCUCAGCUAUCUACUCCUUCGACGAGGCAAUGGCUCUAGUCGGAAACGGCAAAUUCCAGUCGGCCUUACUCCUUAUUACCGGAAUCUGCCUUCUAUCUGUCAUCGUUGAAACUGGUGUGGUUGGAUUCUACGCGAUAGUGGCAAGAUGUGAUCUAGGAUUUACAACGCAGGAGCAAGGCAUCCUAUCAUCAGCUGCCUAUGCUGGAAUAGUCAUCGGCUCUUAUCCGUGGGGUUAUCUUUCCGAUACGAUAGGUCGACUGAAAGUGAUAAAAAUAGCAACAAUAGGAGGGUUAAUCGCGUCAAUAAUCUCAGCUUUCUCUAACUCCGUUGGGAUGCUGAUCGCCUUUCGACUGAUAGUUGGCAUAUUCAUAGCUGGAACACAAGGCUCAGUUUUUAGUUAUUUGGGAGAGUUCCAUAGUAUAAAAACACGAACAAAGGCAGUGACGUUGCUGUCGGCCUUCGUCACCUUAGGGUUCACAUUUACUCCUGCUCUUGCCAUCGGUAUUCUACCUCUUUCAAUAGGUGGAGAAAUCUACGGCGGCGAAUUCUCAUCAUGGCGAUUAUAUGGGAUUUUGGCAACCAUCCCCAGUAUUAUUGGUCUGAUUAUUCUACCAUUCUUGCCCGAGAGCCCAAAGUACUUAUUGACCGUUGGUAAAUCGGAAGAGGCCCUGGAAGUACUUCGACUCCUUUUCCGAAUCAACAAAGGACUACCGAAGGAGGAAUUCCCAGUUCACGUGCUUGCCAAAAUUGACAACAGUGCGCACUCUUCCAAGGAAGGAUUCAUUGGACGAAUGAAGCAAAUUGUGAAGCAUACGGGUCGGAUGUUUGAGAGGUCGAGAAUUCUCGUCUCGUUGAACUUGUUGUUCCAAAUGUUUGGAAUCUACCUGGUAUCACAUGGACUCUAUAUGUGGUUCCCGAACAUCCUAGCAUGGAUGGUUAAACACAUAGAUGAAGACGUUACAGUCUACGAUGUUACACAAAUGGAACAACACGGUGAUGCAUCAAAUACCACCACGAAUACAACAGAAUGUAAUAGCCUCGUAAACGUUUUUACAUAUGAAGUCCUAACAGUCAUGGGAUUGGUCUACACUGCGUCCUACAUCGUGAUCGGGCUGUUAAUCAAAACUAUCGGGAAGCGAAUGAUUUUAGGUGGCUGGCUCCUCGCCUGUGGAAUAGCUGGAAUAGCCUUAUACUGGGCCAGAGGAUUCUACCUUUGCGCAGUACUCUUCAUCAUUUUCAUCGGAACUGGCAACUGCGGCGGUAUUGUCUGCACGAUUUCGGUGGAUUACUUCCCCACAGAAAUCAGUGCGCUGGCAAUGUGCCUUAUUAUGUUGAUUGGUCGUUUAGGUGUAGUCGUUGGCAGCAAUAUCUAUGGCUUAAUUCUAGAGGAAAAUUGCAAUAUCCUGUUCUAUGGAUUGGGAAGUCUGGUAGUCAUACUAGCAAUACUCGCAAUGUUCUUGCCAAAUGACAAAAAGCAAAAGAAAAAAACAAAAGACAGUAGUGCGGAGAAUGGAGAAAUAAGAGACAAUUAUGAUACUAGGUUCUAAGGAUAUAAAAGCACUGCAAGGACUGUACAUAGAUAUUAAAGAUAUUUAAUUGAACAAAGUUGAUAAUGUAGUAAUGUGAAUGUAUUCUUAAAGUUCUAGAAAAAGAUAGUAUUACUGUUUGAGCGUUGUUUCAAAUCUUUUCUAGACAUAGUUGUAAAUAAAAAUUAUUGAAAAAAAA